AUGGUCGACUCCUGCUGUGGCUCCGUCUGCUCUGACCAGGGCUGUGGCCAGAAGACCUGCAGCCGCCCCAGCUGCUGCCAGACCACCUGCUGCAGGACCACCUGCUGCGGUCCCAGCUGUUGUGUGUCCAGCUGCUGCCGCCCCUCCUGCUGUGGCUCUAGCUGCUGCCACCCCUCCUGCUGUGGCUCCAGCUGCUGCCGCCCCUCCUGCUGUGGUUCCAGCUGCUGUAGCUCCAGCUGCUGCCGCCCUUCCUGCUGCAUUUCUAGCUGCUGCUGUCCCGCCUGCUGUGGCUCCACCUGCUGUCAUCCCUCCUGCUGCAUUUCUAGCUGCUGCCGCCCCUCCUGCUGUGGCUCCAGCUGCUGCGGGCCCAGCUACUGCUGCCCCUGCUGCUGCCUGUGCCCAGUCUGUGGCCGGGUCUCCUGCCACACCACUUGCUAUCGCCCCACCUGUGUCAUCCCCAGCUGCCCCCGUCCCAUGUCCUGUGCUUCUUCCUGCUGCUGA